AUGUUCCGGGAUGUGGCCAUAGACUUCACUCAAGAGGAGUGGGAAUGCCUGGACCUCGGUCAGCGGGACUUGUACAGGGAGGUGAUGUUAGAGAACUACAGGAACCUGGCCUCCUUGGAAUGUGGGAAAGCCUUUAUUGCGAGUUCAAGUCUUAGUAAACAUCACCGAAUUCAUAUGGGGGAGAAGCGUUAUAAGUGUACAGAAUGUGGGAAGACCUUCAUAAACAGUUCUGCUCUUACUGGACAUCAGCGAAUUCAUACUGGGGAGAGACCGUACAAGUGUAUAGAAUGUGGCAAAGGCUUUAAUGACAAAUCAAAACACACUAAACAUCUGCGAGUUCAUACUGGAGAGAAACCUUAUAAAUGUACAGAAUGUGGCAAAGCCUUUAAUCAGAAAUUCAAUCUUACAACACUUCUGCGAGUUCAUACUGGAGAGAGACCGUAUAAGUGUAUAGAAUGUGGCAAAGCCUUUAAUCACAAGUCAGUUCUGACUAAUCAUCUGCGAGUUCAUACUGGAGAGAAACCUUAUAAAUGUACAAAAUGGCAAAGCCUUUCAUCAGAACGUCAAUCUUAUUGCACAUCUGCGAGUGCAUACUGGAGAGAAUCCUUAAAAGCAUGA